AUGGACCAGGACGACCUGGCCAAGCCCGAUCCUCGGAAUGGCGCCGCCGGUGCAGUUUGCGGCGGAGGCGUCGGGAUCGCUCGGCACAAUCAGGCCGCGGUCGAACAGGCGCGGCGCGGCGACCACGCCGCCGCCGUCGCCACCCUCACGCGCGCCCUCGAGCGCGCCGCCGCUGCGCGCGUGACGCACGCGCAGCUGCACGUCUGCUACUCCAACCGCGCGGCGUCGCGCCUUGCGCUCGGGGACCAUGCCGGCGCGCUGGCAGACGCAGACAAAUGCCUCUCUCUCCUGCAGCAGUGGGCGGAGCGCGCCGGCGCCGGCAGCGCGGCGCUGCACCCGUCGUACCCGAAAGCGCAGCUGCGGCGCGGCCAGGCGCUGUCUGCCCUCGGCGCCCACGCGCGCGCCGCCGCCGCUUUCGAAUCGGGCCUGGCGGCAGACCCCUCAGAUGAGCGCCUCUCGGCCGCCCUCGCCUCCGCGCGGCGCGCGCUCGCCGCCGCCGGCGCCGCGCCCGCGGGCGCCCGCCGCGCGCUGCCUGCGCCACCAGCAGCGCCUCGCAUCGGCUACGCGCCGCCGGGCACGCCGCUCGCGCUGCUUCGCGCCCCGGGGGACCGCGAGGGCGACGGCAUUGACGAUAACGGAGAAUGCGGCAGCGGCGCCGCCGCCGCCAGGGACGCGCAGGCAUGGCGCCAGAGCCUCGCAGCGCGGCGCCGCGCGUGCGUGGAGGGCGCGGCGCUGCCGUCGGCGCUGCUGAGCGCGCGGCGCGCGGCAGAGGACGCCACCCUAUCCGAGGUUUACUCGUACGUUAGGGUCCAGACAGACAUCAGAUUGCCGAAGCGGUGGGCGUGCCGCACCCUGCCCGACGGCUACCGGUGGGGACGCUGGGCGGAGGCCGUCGCGGCCGCCCUGCGCCAGCUGGCACAGGCCGUCGUCGCCGCGCCGCGGGUGCUGGUCCUCGGCUGCGGGGGCGGCAUGUUGCCGCUCAUCGCGCUGCGCGCGGGCGCCGCGCACGUCACCUGCGCGGAGAGGUGGCCGCACCUGGCGCGCGCGUGUGGCGACGUGCUCGCCGCGAACGGCGCGCACACCGGCAGCUACAAGGUGGUGUCCUGCCGGCAGUACGACGAGCUGGCGCUGGGGGCCCAGGUGGAAGCUGCCGCGCACCUGCUGGUGGCUGACCUGGUGGAUGAUGGCGUCCUCACCGGCGGCCUGCUGCCGGCCGUGACCCACGCCUUGAACCACCUCAUAGACCCCUCCGCCCCCGGGCCCUUAGUCAUCCCCGCGGGGCUGGAGGUGUUGGCGCAGCCCGUCUCUGUGUCUGCCGCCCGCUGCCGCGCCGCCGGCGCCGCGGCUUUCGCGGCCGCCCAGCGCUCGUGCUCGCCACCGACGGGCGGCUCCGGAUGUGCAGAGGCGGCCGCUCUGGAGGAGCUCACCACAGUGGAAUACGGAGGGGCGGAGACAGAUCUGCUGGCCAGGGAUCUCGAUCUGUCUGACCUGGGCGCCUUCCGCUGGGCGCCGUCGCAGGCGCUGCCCGCGCCGCUGCGCCCGUGCGCGCUCACGCCGCUCGCGCCACCAAAGGCCCUGUGGGCGUUCGACCUGAUGGCGCCGCCGGAGGGCGGCGCGGUCAAAGAGGUUGACUUUGAGUUUGACCGGGAGGGCGCGGUCAACGCGGUGGCGGUGUGGGCGCGGGUGCGACUGAUUGGUGAUGUCAUCCUGACCACCGGCUUCGACAGGCCCCUCGCGCUUCCCGGCCCCAGCCCCCCCGCUACCCUCGCCGCCGCGGCCGCCGCCGGCCCGGCGAUGACGUUCCGUGCCGCACCGCCCUCUCAGCAGCCGGCGCUAAUCUGGCUGGCCGGGGAGCUUCCAGUUUCAGGGGGCGACGUCGUCCCCUUCACCGCAUCACACAACACAGUGCGCCUCGGCUUCGACGCCGGACCGUCCGCCGCGUUCCGCCGCCCCGCGCUGGCAACGCCGUCUUUCCCACAUGCCCGCCUCGCCGCCGCCGCCGACGGCGCGCGGCUGGAGGCCUUUGGCCGCGCGCUGCGCGCCGCGGUCCGCGCUGCCCAGGCAGCCGCCGCAGCGCAAACAGCGAGCCAACCGGCGGGGGCGGCGGCGCCGGUGGCGGUCAUCGAUGUCGGGUGCGGGUCGGGGGCGCUGUCGGUCCUUGCCGCAGGCGCAGGGGCCGACCUUAUUGCGGGGGUAGAGCUCUAUGAGCGCCUCGCAGCCUGCGCACGCCGCGCCCUCGCCGCCGCCGCCGCAACAGCAGCCACAGCAGCACCAGCAGCCGCCGCGCCGCCCGAGGGCGCAGACAGUGACAAGAGCGCGGCCUGGGCCAGCGGCGGCGCCGGCGGCGGCGCGGCCGUGCUACCAUCGGAGGGCGCAUACAGACACGACAGCGCCACCGGCACCGCCACCGGCGCCGCAACUGGCGGGGGCCUGGGCGCGCCUCGGACGGGCGUCCUGCACGCCGAUGCCGCUCUGCUUGAGCUCGCCGACUUCGGCGGCCUGCUCCCGCCCCGCGGUGCUGACGUCAUCGUCGCCGAUGUGUUUGACCCGACGCUGGUGGGAUGGCAGGGCCUGCAGCUGCUGGCGGCGGCCAGGCGCAAAUUGCUCGCGCCCGGCGGCCGCAUCGUGCCCGCGGGCGCGACGGUGUGGGCGGCAGGCGUGCAGGCGGUCAGCAACGCAUAUGUGGACGCCAGCGGCGGCGGCGGCAUCUUUGGCAGCAGACCAAUAAAUACCAGCAGCGGCGGCGCCGGCAGCGCCGCUGGCGGUGGUGGGAGCAUUGGCGGCAGCGAGUCUGAAGCUGCAAGCAGCGGCGACGGCAGGGGUGGCGGCGAGGCGUGGGACUUUUCAGCGUUGGACCGCUACAGGUGGGGCCCCAAGGCCGAGGGCGUCUGCCUGGGUGACCUGCCACACGUCAUGCUGACGUCACCGGUCAAAGUGUUUGACUUCCGGUUCAACGAGCGGGGCAGCCGGGGCGACGCCGCCGCCAGCCGCAGCGGCGGCAACAAAGGGGCGCCAGAGGGGAGGGGGUCGAGCGGGGGGGCGCCGGCGGCGGGGCCAUACCCCAAGCGGGCGGCGGUGGCGCUGGAGGCAGCGCGGCCGGGGCUGCUGAACGCGGUGGCGUUUUGGUACGAUCUGGACCUCGGAGAUGACAUCACAGUGACGACAGCCCCGCCCGGCAUCGGGGCCGGCGGCCGGCGCCUGUCAAGCUCCUCAUGCUCCCAGCAGCCCUCCGCCGACGACGACGAGGCCGCCGGCUUCUGCUGCGGCGACAGGGGCGGCGGCAGCAGCCAGGGGCAGGGGCUGCAGUAUCUGUCUGCCUGGGUGGCCGUCGAGCCCGGCUGCAAGAUAGAGCUGGCGGCGGAGCGCUCGGCGGAUGCCAUAACAUUCACGGUCGGUGACGUCAUCAUGACGCCGGCUGCUGCGCCAGCUGCUGCGCCUGCUGCUGCGCCAGCUGGCGACGCCGCCGGCGCCGGCGGCGGCGGCGGCGGGCUCCACUGCGGCAGCGUCGGGCUGGACGAGGCGAUACUGGGGGAGGUCACCCAGGAGCUGGCGAUGCGAGAGGAGGCGGCCGCCGCCGCCGCGGCCCCGCCCGGCGCGGGCGGCGGCGUGGCGGUGUCGGCGGCGGCGUGCGUGGAGGCGCUUGGGGUGGCGCCGCCGGUGGGGUGGCACUGA